GUGACUGGAACGAAUUGCAAAAAUCGCUGAAGUUGGAGACUUUAUCUCCCUCACCAACUUCAAACAUCUGCGAUCUGAGCAACUAACCAAUCGCUGCAGCUGUACAUAGUCUAUCGCAACUAAAUGCACAGGCUGUGGACCUGGCUACAAAAGCCCACUGGAUGCCAUGAAGGGUCCACGUGAGGAGAUUGUGUACCUGCCCUGCAUUUAUCGCAACACUGGAAUCCAAAAACCAGACUACCUUGCCACUGUCGACGUGGACCCCAAGUCUCCUACUUAUUGUCAGGUCAUCCACAGACUGCCCAUGCCCAACCUGAAUGACGAGCUACACCACUCUGGUUGGAACGCCUGCAGCAGCUGUUUUGGCGACUCAUCCAAGAAGCGCAACCGACUUAUCCUGCCCUCGCUCAUCUCCUCCCGGGUCUACAUAGUGGACACUGGGACAGACCCCCGCGCGCCACAGAUGCACAAGAUUGUGGAGCCCACAGAUAUCUUCUGGAAGACUGGCCUGGCCAACCCCCACACCACACACUGUCUGGGCAGUGGCCAGAUUAUGAUCAGCAGCAUAGGAGAUCCAUCUGGCAAUGGGAAAGGUGGCUUUAUCUUGCUGGAUGGUAAAACGUUCGAGGUGGUUGGUAACUGGGAGCUGCCUGGUGAGGCGGCACCUUUUGGUUAUGACUUCUGGUACCAACCCCGCCACAAUGUCAUGAUGAGCACCGAAUGGGGAGCGCCCAAAGCCCUCGCCUACGGUUUCAACCUGGACCAUGUCAAAGAAGGUCUCUAUGGAUCGAAGAUCCACGUGUGGGACUGGACCACUCACAAGCGGCUACAGUCCCUGGACCUGGGGGAGGAGGGCGCCAUUCCUCUGGAGAUCCGCUUCCUCCACGAUCCCGCCGCCACGGAGGGCUACGUCGGCUGUGCACUCCAAGGAACCGUCUUCCGUUUCUCCAGGACACCAAAAGGAGAAUGGGCUGCUGAGAAGGUUAUCCACGUCCCCAGUAAGAAAGUGGAGGGAUGGGCUUUGCCAGUGAUGCCAAGUCUGAUCACAGAUAUUCUGAUCUCCCUGGACGACCGCUUCCUAUACUUCAGUAACUGGCUGCAUGGAGACAUACGACAGUAUGACAUCACAAACAGGAGGAACCCACGUCUGGCUGGCCAGCUUUUCUUGGGAGGGAGCAUCCUAAACGAUGGCCCUGUCAAAGUACUGGAGGAUCCAGAGAAUCAGAGCCAACCACCCCCACGCAUAAUCAAGGGGAAGAGGAUCCCAGGGAGCCCCCAGAUGUUGCAGCUCAGUCUGGAUGGAAAGAGACUGUAUGUCACCACCUCUCUCUACAGUGGCUGGGACAAGCAGUUCUACCCGGAAAUGAUCAAGGAGGGUUCUGUUAUGAUGCAGAUUGACGUGAACACAGCCAAUGGUGGCCUCGAGGUGAAUGAGAACUUCCUGGUCGACUUUGGGAAAGAGCCCAAUGGCCCGGCCUUGGCCCACGAGCUACGAUACCCUGGGGGAGACUGCACCUCUGACAUCUGGCUGUAAAGUUACACAGGAGGCCCCAGUUUCCCCCCUCUCAUUCCCAUCAUACUUUACAUAGACUUCAUGUAACUCAUUAGUUGGGAACGGGUGGGGAAGGAGGCAUACACUCGAGCCUCAUGUCUGAUAAUGCUGCCUAUUCAUUCCAUGCUGCUUUGCUUUUAAUGCAUAAUUGUGCCUUAAGUCAUUAUCUCGUCUAUGGACCAAAUGUUCUUUGUUACUUCCAAUGCCAGUGGUGAAACUGAGGUUUAAAAAAAAUAAACAAAUUCUAACAUGGAAUUCAUAGACUAACA